CAUGUCUGUGUUCGCGUUUUCUACACUAAAUAGUGCUAACUUUAUUUUGUGAAGACAUUUUUUUAUUUCGUGAAGACAUUUCCGCAUCCUCUGUCAGGUUGUUGACUGGUAGUUUGUUACAUAUGACACAUCCAGAUGCAUUUGCCCUGGAGCCUGCUGGAUAUUGACAACGGGGAAAUCUAACUGGUCGUUCGUUUUUCCUAAAGACGUGUUGUGAUUUUGGUUAUGCUUUCCUGGAUAGUGUAUCAGAAGUCAGCAAUGUUCCCCCACUCUGCGCCACCCAUUGUUGGAAAGGUAAGUCAGGUGAGCCACCACAGCAUUGAGCUGAGUUGGGGUGGCGAGGGAGGGGGAAUGCGGUCUGGCCCCCCCGAACACUGGAUCCGCUACAGCGUGGAGGAGCUGGACCCGAAAACACACACCUACAGCACCAUCUACACGGGAUACAGCCAGCACUACGCUGUUGAAGGUCUGACCCCCAGCACUUCCUAUAAGUUCCGUCUGCGAAUUACAUCACCAUCAGGCCAGAGCAGUCUCAGUGCAGCUGUGUGUGCCAGCACCACACGUGAGCCGAUGAGUGGUAAAAAUCUUCAUCAAGCUGUGAACAUGAAUGAUGAGGAGGAGCUGAGCAGAGUUCUCCAGUCAGGGACAGUGGAUGUAAAUGUGUGUGAUAAACUCAGCUUCACUCCUCUAAUGGUUGCUGCUCAGAAGGGCUACGCAAGGUUAGUUCACAUGUUGGUGGAACAUGGAGCUGAUGUGCUGAUGAAGAACAGCAGUGGAAAAGACAGUCUGAUGCUGGCGUGCUUCAUGGGUCAUGUGGACGUGGUGCGGUAUCUGCGGGGCUUCGUGGGGGGGUGGGGGCGCAGGGAUGCGGGCGGCUGCACUCCUCUCCACCUGGCGGCCGACGGAGGAAACCUGCAGCUCAUCACAUACAUGAUACACACCGGAUGCCAGUUGGACGUAAGAGACAGUUCACUGUGGACUCCCCUCAUGCGUGUGUGUGCUCUAAGUGGGAACGCAGCCGUGGUGUCGCUGCUCAUUAAAGCCGGAGCCGACGUCAACAUCAGAGACAAGGAUGGCAAGACACCACUGAUGGUUGCUGUCCUGAACAAUCAUGAAGAGCUGGUGAAGCUGCUUCUGGACAGUGGGGCAGAUUAUCAUGUCAAGAACGAGUUUGGAUCCGGAGCUGCGGAGAUGGCCAAGGCAUUUGGGAGAGAGAAUAUUUUAAGCCUCUUGGAAGGAAGGAGGAUAUCUUGAUGUGGACCAUUUUUCAAACCAGACCAACAUCAUACAGACAUCACACUCAAACACACUUGUGCACAAACCCCACAGCCCCAUGUUUGUCAUCUGUAAUCUUUAUAUGAAACAGUUCCAUUCUGACAGUGGGA